AUGGCAACUCCAACGCCAGGGGAAAAGUUGGCAGACAAGGCUCCGAAACCCGGCCUGCCGCAGCAGGGACGCACUCCGUCCGUUUUCCCAGCAGCGACCCCGCCAGUAUCGACGCCCUUCUCGUAUGCGCACAUCGCAUUUUCCCCUCGAGGGCCCAAGUCGUCCCCGCAGCAAUUUAAGAAGUCGCCAGCGACGUCGGCAACACUAAUGGGUCACACGAAUGCGCCUCUCAACUUUGACAGCCCCUCAGCAGCAGCAGCUAUGGGUGCGCUUGGCAUCGGAGGCGGGUUGGACCUAGGACUGGACAACGUCAGCGUCAACGGGCUCGGUGGUAUCGGGGGUCUUACUGGCGAGGACGACAGAAUCAAGCGUCUGGAUACGAUCAUCGACAUUAUCGGAAACGCUAAAGGACGCGUCAGCGAAGCUGGCCUCGAACGCCUGUCUCAGCGUACAGGACUUAACAAGAUUUGGGAAGACCACAGAACGCCUGACGGCAAAGUAAAGAAGACAUUAGUGAUUGCUGGCCACGGCCUCCAACUAGACAUCAUCCUCGACAACAAUAUUGUGGAAGGCGUCACGCUUGCGUUUCCCGAGUCCGAGUCACCCAUUGUCGCAAAACACGUCGACAGCGCGGGGCAGAUUUUGCUACGCGACUUGCAGCUUCUGCCAGACCAAAGUCCACUGACGAAGAAGAUGGACGAAUUCGCUGCCAAUCUCGAACGGCUUGCAACACUGGACAAGCUUAGCAUAUUUCCUGGCUUGGACUGCCAAGAAGCAGUUGCGGGCAUCUUUGAGAGCCUGGAAAGGCUAUAUAAUUGGGAGUUGACACGGGUCAAGGAGGACCCGGCCAUGACAGGAAAGCCAGACGUUCUACUGGAGAGGACCGUCCAAUGUUCAAGAAGCGGCCGUCCCGCCAUGCAUGCGCGCGACCAGGUCGGGCUGUCUCUUGAUUACUGGGCCGAACGGCGCCUUGUACCACCCAAGACCCCAGCGACCGAGACGUACUGCGCAAACGCCGAACAGAUUUGGUCCAUCAUAGUCGGAUGCAGACCCUUGGACGGCGAGCUCUACCCCCCUAUCCGAAUUUCCGAGGACUGGAUAUCUCAAAGAAUUGAAAAGACCGACCCUGUGCCCACAGAUCUAUUGGAACCUUCCAAUGGUCCCCUGCUGGACUGGCUGGAACCGGCACCUACGGUCCUCCCACCAGCCUCCGACAACAAGGCAGUUGCAGUGGAAGUCGUCCAGCCAGACGGUACCACGCAGCGAUACCCCAACGUCAAGUUCGUUGCAACACUCAACCCCCCAGUCAUCGUGCCCCAGGCUGUCUGCAAUGCGUUGUACAACCUGAGCGGCGCGCAGCCACCGCCGAUGAUGCUCCCAAGCUACACAUUUGACGGCAUAUCGUUCCCCAUCGUCGACGGACAGAAUCAUGACGCUAGCGAGCUCCGUACGAUAUCCUGCGAGAGGGACGUCUUCGUCUCGGGGGCACCACAGCGACGCAGGCACGAGAAUACGCUCUUCGUGUAUAAGCCUGUGUAUGGACAGACCAUCAGUGAGCUGCCCUUCUCGCAUCCACGCCAGCUGGUCGCCAUGCUUCCCACGCUACGGCAAUACGCUUUCAUUUCACGGCUCCUGGCACGCAGUUUUGGGGCUAACAUCACUGGCUCGGGGCUGGAGAAGCUGGACAAAUCCAUCAUCACACGUGAGGUGAUGACGACAAGUGCCAAGUUCAAGCGUUUCAUGGCUGAUAAAGAGGCAAAACGGGAUUCGGAAGCGGGGAAACCGCUGACUCUGGACGUCGUGCUUUCCGUCCACCCUACGGCUGGUCUCAGUAUCGUGUUCCCGUUCCGAGAUGCGACCGCCAACAUCGAGCUGCAAGUUCUCCCGAACGGGGUAGUCAAUAUUGUCUCACAAAACAUCCUGUCCGACGAGUUGGAUGCUGCGCAGGACAUCACCGAGGGCCCUCGACGAAAGAUGAAGCCACAUGACCUCGGCAGGCUGCUCGAGGUGUUUGAAGAUCUCUGCCAGUGGGCGGAGUGGAUUCGGAAAAACUUGUCCUAG